AAAGUAUUUGCUCAGCAACAUAUAAGCAUGUUGGUACCAGGAUGCUGGGCUGCAUCUUCUUUUGGUCAGUAAGGAAAAGAAGAUCAAUUCGAUGAAAAACGGAUCACGAUCUCGUCCUCUGUUACUGUACAGUAUAUACGUCUCUUCCUUUCUCACCUUUUCUUCGUUUUUCCUUUGAACCUACAACCACCCGCAGACUUCCCAACCGAGUCGAGUGCACUGGCCAGAACCUUUAUCCGUACGGACUUUAUUGGGACGCUUGGUCCACGCACCUCCGAGAAACUACAAAACAUACAGUAGAACGUCACCUGGUCAAAGAUCCAUCCUCCAAGCAGAGCGCAGACGACACUCCAUCCUCAUCAUCACCACCAUCACCACCACCACUCGUCCCCGUCGAGUGAGAGAUACACAUUCUCUCCAACACCAUUAAAUCAUGGAUCCGUCAGGAACCUAUGCAAACUGUCAGAUAUCGCGUUCGAGAUCCUUCCACCACGAAUGUCAGGAUGGAGUCGUCCAGACCGGCAAGGACUCGCUCGAGUCGAGCUUUUCGGCGAAAAACAGCCACGGAUGGCGGAGGGUGGUGCUGAACUUCACGCCCUCGUGGUUCGCCGCGACCAUGGGCACGGGGAUCGCGUCCAUCCUGCUCCACAACCUCCCUUACAACGGCGACUGGCUGUACUGGCUGUCGGUCGUCGUCUUUUGUCUCAACGUCGGCCUCUUUUGUGUUUUCCUGUUCAUCUCGAUCCUGCGCUACACCCUCUUCCCGGGCCUGUUCAUGGCCAUGAUCCGGCACCCCGUGCAGUCCCUGUUCGUCGGGACGUUCCCCAUGGGCCUCGCCACCAUCGUCAACAUGGUGGUGUUUGUGUGCGUGCCGGCGUGGGGCGCCUGGGCCGCCACCUUGGCCUGGACGCUGUGGUGGAUCGACGUCGUCGUCUCCGUCGCCUCGUGCAUGUGGCUGCCCUUUGUCAUCAUGCACAUCCACGAGAGCGAGCUGUCCAAGAUGACGGCGGCGUGGCUCCUGCCCAUCGUGGCCACCAUCGUCGCGGCCGCCUCGGGCGGGAUCGUCGCCGAGGUCCUCCCCGACCCGCAACACCAGGUCUGGACCGUCGUCACCUCGUACGUCCUCUGGGGCACCGGGUUCCCCCUGGCCAUGGUCGUCCUGGUCAUGUACUUCCACCGCCUCACCAUCCACCGCCUCCCGCCUCGCGAGGUCAUCGUGUCGGUCUUCUUGCCCCUCGGCCCGCUGGGCCAGGGCAGUUUCGGGCUCAUGCAGCUGGGCAAGGUGUGCGCGGACGUGUUCCCCAGGACGCAGAACUUCGGCCCGGAAGCCGGGCGGGUCAUCUACAGCUUCAGCAUCGUCUGUGCCUUGGUGAUCUGGGGCUACGGGUGCGUGUGGCUGUUCUUCGCCCUGGCCAGCAUCACCCGGAGCAAGUUUCCCUUCAACAUGGGCUGGUGGGGUUUCACUUUCCCCAUCGGCGUGUUCGCCGUCUCGACGUGCACCCUGGCCAAGGAGAUCCCCAGCCUGUUCUUCAAGGUCCUCGGGACCAUCUUUUCCGUGGCCGUGGUCUUUCUGUGGUUGGUGGUGGGGUUGGUGACCUUCAAGAGCGUCAUCGCCGGGACAAUCUUCUUCGCCCCCUGCGUGCAGCAGUACGAGCAAGAAAUCGUCCGAGAGCAGAAGCGGAAGGACCGGACUCGGAGAAGGGCUUGGUACAAAAAUUUGUACCUGAAGAAGAAACAACAGGAAGACGAAGAGAAGAAAGAAAACGUAAAGGAGGAAGUAUGAUGGAAUGCGUGGUUUCUAUUGCGAGCCUCAUUCACACGAAUGAUUAAUCUUGCCCCAAGGAGGGAGGGAGGCGUCGGAUAUAGACAUUAUUUGAUAUUACAGCGAACUUGUCUUGGGAGACUUAAUCUAAUGCAGCGAUUCAAAAUUC